ACAUGAUGCCCCGAGUUUUCCCACCUAGUGGGUGAAGGAGGCGGUGCAGUGCGGACCUGCAGCUUCGCGCUGGGACUGGUUCUUUCGCAGCCAUUUUCUGUCCAACCACACGGCCGUUUGGAGAAGGUAACCAACCAGGGCUUCAUUGCAGAUGGACGGAGACAGUACCACCACCGAUACCUCUCAGUUGGGGAUAACUGGAGAAUAUAUGACCGGAGGCCACUAUGUGCUUCAAGCUCAAGAUGAUGAUGGUGAUGAAAGCCUUCACGACCAUGAAGACGGCAAUGGUUGCAAAGAUAAUCUCAGAGAGCAGGACAUAUAUCUCCCCAUUGCUAAUGUAGCACGUAUCAUGAAGAACGCCAUCCCACAGACAGGAAAGAUUGCAAAAGAUGCCAAAGAAUGUGUACAGGAAUGCGUGAGUGAGUUCAUUAGCUUCAUCACAUCAGAAGCCAGUGAGCGAUGUCAUCAGGAGAAACGGAAAACCAUCAACGGGGAAGACAUUCUGUUUGCCAUGUCCACUCUCGGUUUUGACAUGUAUGUUGAGCCCCUGAAGCUCUACCUGCAGAAGUUCAGAGAGGCGAUGAAAGGUGAGAAGGGUGUUGCCGUGGGAGUUUCAGAAGGCCUGGGAGAGGAACUUGCCGAUGACAGUUUUUCAAAUCAGUUGUCUGGGGGCCUGAUCUCACCUGAUGGCCAGCAGCAGAAUGUCAUGGUGUACACCACCUCGUAUCAACAGCUCCCCGGUGUUCAGCAGAUCCAGUUCUCCUGACCUGGUCCAGCUCUAGACUGUGCAGCCUCUGAUCUAUCCAAAGGAUAAGAUUGGUUCCUCGCCUUGAGAAGAUUUACAGGCCGUUUUGGAAGAUGACGAGACGAUGGGUUAUGAGAGCAGGAAAACGAGCGCCUGCUGACAGCCGAGCCUGAAUUUGUACAUUUUCUUAGUGAUGUCUGUAAUUCACAGUAGUCAUUUGUUACCAUUAUAAUAUGUAUUCAUUUUAAACAGUCUGUGAGGUAAUGUUCCUCUGUGUGAAGACUGCCACCAGUUUUUUGUGAAUUGUUUUCUGUCCCUUUUAUUUGUUAGGAGUUUUUAAAAUUUGGGGAGGUGGGCUAGAGAGGGGAGCGGGAGGUGUGGGAGGGUGGAAGAAUUGUGAACUUGUAUACAUACAUGAAAUAAAGGGAUUUUCAUUUAAUUUCUAUUUGAAACAAGAUUAACUUAAUGUCAAUUGUCAUUUCAUGUUGAUUCUUAAAAUAAACACGGAGACGUGAAAGCCUGAAUGACCAUA